AGAGGUGGAAUUAAAAAAAAAUGGCAUUAACUACUUUGCUGAGUACUACAUCGAUUCUUGGAUUUACCUUGAUUCCUCUUCUAGCUAUCGGUUUAACCAUAUACAAAUACAAUCAAGAGGAUCCAGAAUCUCAUCCUUUUGAUACAGAACAGCUUUUACGAAUGUACGAUUUUAUAGUGGUUGGCGGAGGAAGCGCCGGUGCAGUGAUCGCAUCGAGAUUGUCAGAGAUAUCUAAUUGGACCGUGCUACUCUUGGAGGCAGGAGGCGACGAGACCGAAAUUUCCGAUAUUCCUUUAUUGGCUGGUUAUACCCAACUGACAGACAUGGAUUGGAAAUAUCAAACUUCACCGCCGAGCUCAUCGGCCUAUUGCCUCGCCAUGAUCGGUGACAGAUGCAACUGGCCACGAGGAAAAGUGCUCGGCGGGAGCAGUGUAUUGAACGCCAUGGUUUAUGUCCGGGGUAAUCGCCACGACUACGACAAUUGGGCCAGACAGGGCAACACCGGCUGGAGUUACGAGGAGGUGCUUCCAUACUUUCUGAAAUCCGAGGACAACCGGAACCCGUACCUGGCCAAGACCCCGUAUCACAACACGGGCGGUUAUCUAACCGUCCAGGAAUUCCCGUGGCGGAGUCCAUUAUCGAUCGCGUUCCUCCAAGCCGGUCAAGAGCUCGGCUACGAGAAUCGCGACGUGAACGGCGCGAAUCAGACCGGGUUCAUGCUGACCCAGGCAACGAUCCGGCGGGCCAAUCGUUGCUCCACGGCCAAGGCGUUCCUCAGGCCGGUGAAGAACAGGAAGAACCUUCACAUAGCGAUGAAAACGCACGUGUUGAGAGUGAUCUUCAACGAGGGGAGGAGGGCCAUCGGCGUCGAGAUUCUGAGACACGGUCGCCACCAAGUGAUACGCGUCAGACGCGAGGUCAUUCUGUCUGCGGGGGCGAUCAACACUCCCCAACUGUUGAUGCUGUCCGGUAUAGGGCCCAAGGAGCACCUGGCCGAGUUCGGCAUCCCCGUGAUAUCGGAUCUCAGGGUCGGUGAUAAUCUUCAGGAUCACGUGGGCCUCGGUGGAUUCACGUUCAUCGUGGACGAACCGAUCAGCCUGAAGAGGGACCGUUUCCAAACCGUGCCCGUGAUAAUGCAAUACAUUCUGAACCAGAGGGGACCGAUGACCAACUCCGGGGUGGAGGGCAUCGCGUUCGUCAACUCGAGAUACGCGGAUAACGAUUAUCCCGACAUCCAGUUCCAUUUUCUUCCAAGCUCGAUCAAUUCGGACGCGGAACAGAUCAGAAAGAUUCUCGCGCUUAGGGACAGCGUGUACAACACGAUGUACAAGCCGUUGAGCGGGGCCGAGACAUGGUCUAUACUUCCUCUCCUCCUCAGGCCGAAGAGUUCCGGUUGGGUACGGUUGAAGAGCAGGAACCCGUUGGUCUAUCCCGACAUCAAUCCGAAUUAUUUCACUCAUAGGGAGGACAUGGAUGUGUUGGUGGAGGGGAUAAGGAUAGCGAUGCAGGUGUCGAACACGACCGCGUUCAGGAGAUUCGGUUCGAGGCCGCACACGAUCCGCAUGCCCGGCUGUCACAAGUAUCCGUUCGACACGUACGACUAUUGGGAGUGCGCGAUCAGACAUUUCACGUUUACAAUUUAUCAUCCGGUGGGCACGUGCAAGAUGGGGCCAAGGAUUGAUCCCACGGCCGUCGUGGAUCCCAGACUCAGAGUGUACGGAGUGAAGGGAUUAAGGGUGGCCGACGGAUCCAUCAUGCCUAAAAUCGUGAGCGGGAAUCCGAACGCGCCGAUAAUUAUGAUUGGCGAGAAGGCGAGCGAUAUGGUGAAGGAGGACUGGAUGCGACGCUACAGGAACGAGAAUCGAUUCGUGAGAAGUUGACGGAAUU